CCCGUAUUUACAAGCGAUGCGUGACGUUCACUGACUCGCAGAAAGACGUCUUAAAGCGCACCCGUAACCCAGUACUUCCCUGAUUUAGACCAACAAAAUGCAGUCUCUCAGAGAUUUUCUGAACGAGAGGCUGGCUGCAGCGGCGGAGGACAUAUUUAUAGCUGUGGAAAGGACGAUAGCCGAGUACAAAGAGCAGAUUUUCCGUUCAAAAGAUUUGGAAAUCGGUCGCCUUAGGAUGCAACUAAAGCUUCUCAAGUCAGAGCCAGACACGGAUGAAUGUCCCGGAGCCCAGCUGCUGCAGUACAGCCAUCAACACCCACCUCCCUCUCCCUCUCCACCUCCAGCUCAGGAGCAGCCGCCCCCCGCCACGAUGGCCCCCGACCCUCCCCCCAGCGAGGUGGAGGGAAGCCCCUCCCCGGAGGAGGAGGUGGAGGACAGCAGGAUGGAUGGGGGUCAUCCGGAGCCCUCAGAGGUCAAGAAGGAGCCCAACGCCCAGAGACACUUCUGGACGGACCACGAAUCGGACCUGGAGUCAGACAUGAAAGACUUCAUCCAGCCUCCCGGCGGUCUGCACGACCCAGCUCUGCACUACCACCCUUACCUGUGCGGCGGCGGCGGCGGGGGCGGGGAGGAGAGCAGGGACAGGCCCUACAGCUGCUCGGUCUGCGAGAAGCGCUUCAGCAACUGCUCCCACCUGGCGGCCCACAUCCGGACCCACACGGGCGAGAGGCCCUACAAGUGCGACGUGUGCGGCAAGACCUUCGUCACCACCAGCGCCCUGAACCGCCACAAGACCAUCCACACCGAGGGCAAGCGCUUCAUCUGCACCUACUGUGGGAAGUCUUUCAAAUGGAUGGAGUCUCUGGGCAGACACCUGAGAAGCGUGCACAAGAGGGAGAACAUACCCGGAGGGGGCUGCUGAGAUCCACACCGGUUCUGCAGUUUGUCGGGUUUCUUGUGGCUGCGCGUCAUGUUUUAUCUCUUUAUAAAGAGCAAAAGGGUUAGCAGGAACGGUCAAAGGGAUGUGUGGAUAGAUGUGCAUGGUCCUCAUGAAACACUACUGACGUUCGAGAAAGCUUCCUACAUCUCUUGAUACAUUUCUAAUUUUAGGACUAAGUACUGAUUUCUUAAACAGCCAUUCUUCAUACCUCUGAUGAAGGGAAAUCAGACUCAUUCAUAAAUUCCCAUCAAACAGCAGCAGAUGGCAGUGUUCAUCUACUCAAUGUCCAAGACUGCUGGCUCCCUGCCCUCCCUUUUUUUAUUUAUUUUUUUCAAAAGAGCAUACAGCUUAUCGAUCACACUCCGAUCACCACAAAAAUCAUUUUUGGCUGAAAUAUAAAAGCAGCAGUUGUUGGAGAUAUACUGGGUUGCUUUGCUUGACAUAAAAGCUCAUUCUAAAGAAACAAAAGUGUGAAAAUGUUGUGCAAUAAAACAAAUUAUCUCCACAUCAGGAACACUGUUGAGUCCGUUGUUU